AGCAGCACAAGUGACGGCGACGGCGAUGAUGAAAGCGUGCAACACCAAAGAAAACACCCAACCCAACCCAACCCAACCCAAUCCAACCCGGCCCAGCCCAACCCAACCCAGCCAGCCAGUUUAAUUCGCACUCUUUCUUUUGCCUUUGCUAGUUUUUACUUUAUUUUAUUUAUUUAUUUUAUUAUUGUACUUUAUUUAAUCCCCUCUCCUCACCCACACCAAAUUCCAGCCCUCUAGUCUGCGCUAAUAUUCGCAUAGUUUUCCACAGCAUGGGCAACUGGUAUCAACUCGGGCUGCUGCGCAAAGUGUCCAUUUGCCUGGCAACCACACUCGUUCUCGCCGUUCUAAUCGCCGACGCCACAGCACUGUCCGAAAUCAACAAAAGCUACUUCUAUAAAUCGUCCGUCCGCGGGGCCUGCGGCUGGACAAUGUUUGUCGCCAUAGUCUCGCUCAUAACCCUCCCCCUCCUCCUCACCCGCUCCAUGCAGCUCCAGCGGCUGCUCAACCGCACAGGCAUCGAGCUAAGCAUCCUCGCAACUUUGACGCUCUUCUACUUUAUCUCGGGAAUCGCUCUGGCCACAAAAACCGGCGUGAAAUCUUGCUUGACCAAGCAGCUUUGCCACCGAGUCAAGGCUUCGACGGCGCUCUCGUGGCUGACCUUUUUCACUUUGUUUGUCGCCAUGAUGGCCGUGGCGAUGAUUGCGCGCGUGCAGAGUCGACUGGGGCUGCCGAUUUUCUCGGCGUACUCGUUUGAUAUUGAGGGCCAGGAUCUCUCACCCGUGCCUACAGCUGCACACAAUGUGCAUGCGGCAAGCGUUGUGGGCGGCGCGUCGUAUUAUUCGGCUGCCGCUGAGCAGGUUCACCAGAGCCCUGCUGGGUCUGCCGAGAAGGUGCCUGAGGGCGUCGGCCGUGCGGCCAGUCCCGCUAUGUACCAGUACGGAUCGGCAUACAUGGAUCGUGACCCGAGCCGGAGCCAAGUCUAAUAAUAAUAAUAAUAAUAGUAAUAUUGAUUUGGCUUCAGUGUCCAAGCAAGCUUUUUUUCUUAAUUUAUUUG